AUGCCAACUAAUUUCUUCGUAGCAGGUGAGUAUGACCGCAGCAGCUACGGAAGGUCAGGCACAGGCAGUGACGAAGGCGGGUACAACAAGACCAGCGAGGAAGACUAUGGCCGCAGCAGCGACGAAUACGGCCAUGGUACCGGCGGUUUCAACAAAUCCAGCAACGACAACAAUGAUGGUGGGUACAGGAACACCGACACGGACGACUACAGUAGAAGUGGCGGCUACAACAAGUCCAGCACUGCCAAUUUCACUGGCGGCUUGAACAAAUCUAGCACUGAUGACUACACUGGCGGUGGCAGCUACAAUAAAACUGGUGCCGACGACUACAGUGCCGGUGGCGACUACAAGAAGUCCAGCACCGACGAUAUCAGUGGCGGCGACAACAAGUCUAGCAUGGACGACUACGAUGGUGGCUACAAGAACACCAGCGCCGAUGCCGGCUAUGGCGAAGGCGGUUACAAGAAACCAAGCACCGAGGACUCUUCCGCGUACAACAAAUCAAGCACCGAGGAGGACUACAGCAGCGGCAGGAACACCCCCAACACUGAUGACUACGACGGCAGUGGCUACAACAAGUCCAGCACUGAUGACGACUAUGAUGGCUACAAGAAGCCCGGCGCCGACGAGUACAGUGGUGGCUACAGCAAGCCCGGCGCCGAUGGGUAUGCCACUGGAGCAGGCAACACCGGCUCUGAUGAUUACUAG